AUGAGGACAAAUCAUGGUGGACGUGGACCUGUUUCCUUCCCCGCAGGCUGCCGUGCUGCCAUGGACACGGAGGCGGGCGGGCCUGGUUUCGGCUCGAAGAAGAGGAAACGGCAUGCCAUGAGGACGAAGCAGGGUGGACGUGGACCUGGCUCUGUGUCGAAGGAAAGGAAGCCGGCGCCAGUGGCGACCCCGGCGGCAGAAGUUAGAGCCGCCAGCGACCAAGGUCCGCCGCCCGGAUCGGGUGAAUACGCCGCCGGUCGCAUCAGUUUGAUACCCGACGCCAUCCUCGGCGAGAUCGUCUCCUUGCUCCCCACCAAGGAGGGCGCGCGCACCCAGCUCCUCGCAUCACGCUGGCGCCACAUCUGGAGCUCCGCGCCUCUGAACCUUGACAGCGGCAGCCUCGCAGCGCCUAUCGAAGUAGAUUGCGGCGGUGAAGCAACCAGAAAGUCUGACCUCGAUGGUGUCGUGUCCCGCAUCCUCACCUCUCACCAGGGCCCUAUUCGCCGCCUCUGUAUCCCAACCGGACCAACCGCGGAGGCCUACUGGCUCCAGUCCCCAACCCUUGACAACCUCGAGCAGCUCGAGUUCUCCUACCUCCAGGACUGUGGGCCCAAAAGAUCCAGCUGGGACGACCGCAUAUUGCCGGUGCCACCACCGUGCACCUUCCGUUUUGCCGCCACCCUUCGCCUUGCCAAUAUCGGAAAAUGCCACCUCCCCGAUAGCAUCGUCCAUGGGCUUCACUUCCCCCAGCUUAAGCACCUUCGGCUUCACUGGGUCUGCAUUUCGGAGUGGUCGAUUCACCACAUGAUUGCUGGGUGCCCCGCCCUUGAGUGCUUGAUGAUCUACUUUGUCUUUGGAGUCAAUCGCCUCAAGAUCAAUGCUCUUAGACUAAGAAUCAUAGGCAUGCGCACAUAUUCUCAUGACUAUUGGUCCACAGCUGAGCCACGGUUGGAGAAUUUCAUCAUCGAGAAUGCCCCUUGUCUUACAAGAUUGAUUCGUGCUGAUCAAUUCGAUGCCACACGGGUAUCGGUAAUCUCCGCGCCUAAGCUGGAAACCUUUGGAUACGUUAAUAAUGAUCAUCCCUCCUCUUUCUCCAGGAAUAUUGAGCGGCUGCGUGAUGAUAGCAUAACCAUGACGGCGCGACUUGUCAAGACUUUAUACGUCCGUAUGUCUGUUUUAGAUCUGGAUAAGGUUAUUGACUUGAUGAGAUGCUUUCCCUGCUUGGAGAAUUUGUACAUUCAGAAUGAGGUGACAAUUCCUGUUCGCUGA